AUGCGGCGCAUGUCUACGGAGCCAGUGGAGCACCCUUCUUUCAAAUGGCCGGGCGUCGGGAGGACUCCCAGCAUUGCGGAUGGGCUAUCAAAUGCACGUAACCAGCUGUUGUCGGUCUGCAAGCAAGAAGACGGACAGGAACCGGCGUCCGAGCAGCAGCUUCCUUCAGUAUCAAUCAUAUCGUAUCAUAUCAAUUCCAGGAGAAUCUACGCUGGGACAGUGCGUCGUAUCUCAGAUUCCUCUGAAGAAAAGAAAAGAGAAAGGAUUUGCGGAUAUCUCUGCCAAAGCGGCUUGUGCCCCAUGCAAUCCCCAACGUCCACGCGUUCGCGGGGAGAGUGA